UGACGCGCAUGCGCUCUUCGCCUUGGCGGUCGCUUUCUCUCUGCCCCUCGUGAAGAUGGCUUCGCGCGUGGGACCUCGAGCCACGGGAACCGAUGGCAGCGACUUCCGGCACCGGGAGCGCGUGGCCGAGCAUUACCAAAUGAGUGUAUCUCUCAAAUCUGAGAUUAAGAAGUUGAUCUACAUGCAGGUGGGCCUGUGGCUGUUGGUGGCAGCACAGAUGUGCGUAGCUCACUUCAAACUUCUACCCCAUGACAAGGUGGCCAUGCCUUACCAGUGGGAGUACCCAUACUUGCUCAGUAUCAUCCCUUCCCUCUUUGGCCUCUUCUCCUUUCCCCGAAACAACAUCAGCUACUUGGUGAUCUCCAUGAUCAGCACUGGCCUCUUCUCGGUGGCGCCUCUCAUCUACGGCAGCAUGGAGAUGUUCCCGAUGGCUCAGCAGCUCUACCGCCACGGCAAAGCUUACCGUUUCAUCUUCGGCUUCUCUGCGGUCUCGGUCAUGUAUUUGUUGGUGGUGGUGGCGGUGCAAGUUCACGGCUGGCAACUUUAUUAUAGCAAAAAGCUCUUGGACUCCUGGUUCACCAGCACUCAGGAGAAGAAGAAGAAGUAGUAAACAAAGGGGUUGGCAGCUGCAUGCAUCAACACUCACUUUGGAUCGAGGGAUGGGGAAGAGGGAGAGGUCUCCUGAGGGAGAGGGAGUUGGUGCUCUUGGGUUUCUCUCACAUUCAUACUGAGCAAGUGGGAGAUCCAGGGGUUCCAGCUGCCUGAGUGAACAUUGAACUGGGUUUGGUUGUUUUUCUGCUUGUGUGACUUACAACUGGGAGUUGUAGGCUUGGGUAGUCCCGCUUUGGAAGGGAUCCUUCCAAAGGAGAGGCAGUUGAUACCCUUUAGAGCAGGGGUGUCAAACUCAUGGCUCGCGGGGCGGAAGCGUCACAUGAUGGCCACGCCCAACCCCCUUUUUAGUGAAGGGGGGGAAAUUGCGAUACGUCACAUGACGGCAACGUGUUUGACAGCCCUGUUUUAGAGAAAUGCUUUCCUCACUUGACUUAGGCAGAUGAGACUUGCUGGAGUCUCCUGUUGGUUUGAACGAACCAAUGUUGAGCUAUGCCACAUGCACUUUAAAAGAUUCACCUGUGCACUAUCUUGAAUUAAGCUGUGAAUAAUUGGAUCCUAGUAGAAAUAGGAAAGCAGCACACAAGGCCAGGAACCCCCUCACUCACUCCCCUUCCCCUCACUCACUCCCUCCCUUCCUUCCUUGCUUCCCCCACUUCAGAAUAUUAUAUGAUCCAACCCAGUCAAAAGAUGUUUGUUGUGUGUGCUCAUGCUCCCAGGAGCAGCUACUUACCCUGGUGGUAAGAGCUGCCACCCAAUUUUACUCUUUCUCCAGCCCUACCAACAAGGGAUUGGUAUAUGCCAAGCACUGAGGCUUCCCCUGCUGAAUUUCCCCUCAGCUUGACUUGCUGUCUUCCCCUGUAGGGCCCAACCAUGGAGGGCCCAACCACGUUCCAGGGACUGUUUGCCUUUUUUUAACAAGCUAUCUAGGUGUUCCAGGAAUGGCUGCCGCCACCCAUCUCUGCUCUCAUGCUUGUGAACCAAAUAAAGUGCUAUCUUAAAAGUC